AUGCGUUUUUCAUUGAACGAUUGGAGAAAACAGAUUGCUUAUUUCAAACGAAAGAACUUCAAAAAUAUUCAAAAAGUUCGCGGUAUUGUGAACACUUUUUCGUUUUUCAUUGUCUGGGGAUACGCAGGCUAUUUCAUUGCCAAUCGGGCAGAUAAAUCAGCGAGAGAAACAGGUAUUCCACAUAGCGUUCAAGUUGCGAAACAAAGUGGUGAUCGAUAUAUUACCAAAUAUAAUUUAAAUACUGGUGAAAAAGAAGUCAUCGACGUUCAUCAAAUCUUUGCUGAAAAAGAACUUGAAGCUCGACAAAAGGCUCUUGAAGAACGUCGCUUACGUGAAGAAGCUCGUCUAGCCUCAUCACAAUCUGUCCUUCUCCAACCUACAAUCGACAACAUUCGUUUAUGCUUCUCUCUGAUCCAACAAUGUUAUCAUCGUCGUUUAGAAGAAGAGCAAACCGUUCGAGAUGAUAGUUUAUACGUCCCAUCCAUCUUACUUCUACGCCAAUUCGCUCGUUUUCAAAAUCCAUCGACAUUCGACGAACUUCUUCAACAAUUUAUUUCAUUAUUCGAAUUAAUUCCUAUUUCAUCACGAAAAAUCUUGGAUGAUUUACUUUGUAUAAUUAGUAUUAUCCUUACAAAACGAAUCAUGAUUAGCAAUGAUGAAGUUCAACAAGAUCUAUUCAUCCGGUUCUUUCGAGCAUUUUGCCUAUCAGUCAAAAAGAAUCCUUCGUUUUUCUAUCGAGAAUUUCUAGGAAAUUUCAACCAAAACUUACCGAUCAUUGGACAUUAUAUCUCAUGUUUACUCCAAUUAUAUGAAAAGAUCAAUUCAUUAGAUUAUCGAAUGAAUAUCGUUGAGACCAUCUGGACAAUCAUAUACACGAAUGAGAAUGAAUAUCGAGUCAUUAUUGGACAGGUGUUAGCCUGUUUCUUACCAGGAAUAUUAAAAUCAUUAGCACAAGAUUUCGAUUCGGUACAUCAACGACUUGCGCAGACCAAUUUGAUCCUAUUAAGUUAUAUUCUACGAAUCAGUGUUGUUCGUUCGGCGAAGUAUGUUAAUCAAACGGAUUCUAUCAAAGAUGAACUUCGCGAUCUUGUCGUCGAAAGAAAUGAACAAUGGUUGACCAUUGUCGAUACACAUUUAGCUCCACUUUUACAGCGAUUGACAACGAAUUGUGCAAACCAUGAAAGUGUUCAUGUACGACGAGCUUUGGCAAUUCUUAUGUUAAACAUACUGAGCUUUUGUUCGACAUGGCUGAAAAUCUCUUCAAAUAUUGCGUUGAAAACUAUGCUUGUUCUUGUUUCCACCAUCACGAAUGAUCAAAAUGAGAAUAAAAUCAUCAAAACUCUCCUGGAAAAGUUAUUUAAAUUACCGAUUGAAGCAGUAUCAGUAUUACCAUCGUCAUCAACAUCUAUCUUUACCUAUGAGAAUGAAUUCAUUUCUGAAAUUCUCAAUUCAUCAACGAUCACUGUCUCUGAUCAUCUUUUAAUCGAUUGUCAAACAGAUUUAUUUCAAUUACUCGACCAACAACAAGAUAAAUUCAUGUACACUGAUCGUCGAUGGCGUCUACAACUCUUCAUCGGCUAUUAUACAUUCAUUCAUCAUCAUAUUGAUUUUCUUUUCGAUAUGGAUGCAUUCACUGAGAAAUUAUUUCGUUUUAUCCUACAAACACUUGACUUCGACACAUUGCUGCGAAGUCAUUUGAACCUUCUUAAUGGAUCAUCAUUACCGAGUAGAGAUUAUGAAACAUUCAAUCAAGCUGAGUAUGAUUCGGUUUAUAAACAAUUGAAACCGGAUGUUCAUGAUGAAAUUUACCAACUAAUCAACCUGUUUGUCGCAUCACAUUCGAAAUUUGCGGAUUAUUUAUUCGAGCAAAUCAAUCGAACGAAAAUAACCGAUGAAAACAAUCCAAAAGUAUUCUAUUUGCUUUCUAUUCUAUACGACAAAAUCAACUUCGAUCAUUUUGAUGAACACCAACAACUUUUAUCUUCACUCACUCAAUUAAUCUGCGAUGAUCACAAUCAAAGACGAGCCCAACGACGACGAAGACGAAAGAAAGAUGUCGAAGAACCGAUUUCUAUUCGAAAUUUUACCAUCUAUUAUCUUCUCCAAUGUCUACGCACCUUAACGCCAUUGAAACAAACCGUAUACUUAAUUGAUUAUAUUCCUUUACUUCUUCUUUGUCAUUCAUCAAUCUACACGAUCAUUCAUCAAACUUCAUUCGUUUGUCUAUUAGCAUUUUCAACCGAUUUACCGAGUUUUCUCGUCUCGCAAUCGGAAUAUAUCGUUGAUACAUCAUUACGAAAGUUACAAACUUCAUCCUAUGAUGGCUACUUGAUCUUAAUUGAAUUCAUACGGCUAGGAAAUACCCGAGUGAUCAAUCAACCAAUCAUGACACAUGUUAUCGAACAAUUAUUACUUGAAUUAUCGUGUUUACCACCUGUUGAAUGUAUCGAAUUAACAUUUCAGUUUCUGAAUGUAUUUUGUCAACAAGUGAUCGAUAUUGUCGGCAAGAAGAAACCAAAAGCAAUUGUGAACUCUUCGGUAUCGAAAUCAUUAAUUGAAUUUGCUCUUGAAUUACAACAGCAAAGUCAACCAAUGGAAUCUUCUGCUGAUGAAAUAAAUGAAGAAAAGAAAGAAGAACAUCCAUGGCAUCGAAUGUUAGUAUCCGUCGUCGAUAUUUUCCAACAUUUCAUUUCUCAUUCGAAUUCUCAUAUACGUUCUUAUGUUCUGGGCGCAUUUCCAUCUUUAGCACAAGUGCUUUCAACGGUCGAUGAGAAUUUAUUCUUACCGUUAGUUCAUAAACUCUGGCCGGGUUUAAUUCAUCGUCUGUACGAUUUCGACAUUAAUAUUCGGAUACGUUGCUUGACAACAAUCGAAUGUUUAUGUCAACUUUGUUCGGAUUUUGUUGAUCGUCGUAUUCGACAAGAUAUUCUUCCUGUGCUAAUUCAACAACUGGAAAAGAAUCGACUACUUUCUUCAAACAAUGUUUUAGAAUUUCGUUAUACGAAAUAUCUUCUUACAAAUAUCGGCACCAUUCUCAAUGCUAUUACAAUGAAUAUCGAGGAUAUGGAAAGAAUUGUUCUGAUUCUACUUCAAUAUUUACAGAUUGAUCAGUUAGCAUCGAGUGCAUAUGAACAAUUGAUGUUGUUAACAAGCAAAUAUUCGGAUAUUAUUUGGUUAACAAUCACUUUACAUGAUCAGAAUGAGUUUCGACAAGGAUAUUUUCUUAGAAUGAACGUUUAUAAACCUGAACCCAUGUUGACGAUUGAUCCAAAAUGGAAAGUAAAUCUAUUGACGCGUUAG